AUUCUGUUCUGGGUUGUGGCCAGGUCGCUGCGGGGUCAAGGGUUGGUUCAGUGUUCUCGUGGGUCCUGCGGGAAGCAGAUUCAAAGGUCUGGAUGGCUCCAGAGGCAUUGGAAAGGAUGCCGAUCGCAAAAAGUGACAUCUGGUCCGUAGGGUGUAUUUUGCUUGAGAUGAUGACGUGCAACAUGAUGGAUGAAACUGAGUUUGAACAGGUGGUAAAGAUCAUUAGGAGCAACUGGAAACAUCUAGACUACCUCUUGGGAAAGCUCCAUGUGGAGAAGAAAUACACGACCAGCCUUUGCAAGUUGGUGCAGCUCAUGUUGGAGCCAGAUCCUACUGAAAGAAUCAGUGCAACGUCACUAUUGGACGUACAAUAUGUGAAAGAGUCACUGGUCAUCUGUGGCUCUCUGCUUUCAGGAAUAAAGAAGACACCAGUGGGCACAGAACAUUUGCCUUUCAAGGAAGGCAUUGACAAGCUUCUUGAAUUUAUGCUUAUACAAGUUGAGGUAGAAGAAAUUCAGAAGACUAGCCUGAAAUACAUAAUUUACUUGCUGUACGAAGCUGAGGUUUAUGCAGCCAGUGAACGUAUCAUUCCGGUCCUGAUCUCUGUUUUGAAGUACCAUGCUGGCAGUUUGGAGGUGCAGGCUCAGGUGUGUCGGAUAUUCUUGAAGUUUGCAAUUAAAGCCACAGAAGACAGUGUGGAAGAAGGUAUCUUGUUCAGUAAAAAUGUGAUCAAUAUUAUCCUUUCAAUAAUGGCAUCACGGCGCAAAUGUGUGGAGCUUCAGCAGGUCAUCUGCAACCUCCUCAUGGUGCUGUCAGGAAGUGAAGCAGCUAGGAUACUGAUUGGGAAGGCCAAGGGGAUUCAGGAAAUCAUAACAACCCUGAGAAUUUACAUUGACAACAGUCACAUCUGCAUUCCCUGCUGUGGCGCUCUGUGCAGUCUCAUAGUCACCGAGGAAAAUGCACAAAUUGCAAGGUCGGAACAUUUGCUGCGGACUAUUCUGCAGGUCCUGGAGAAGCACAUCCAGAAUGGUGAUGUGGUGGAAUCAGCCAGCGCAGUAUUGUGGGUCCUGUCAUUACAGGAGCCCCUGAAUGAUGGGCAAUUGGAGGAGAUCACCCUGCUCUUAAUUGAAGCUUUUGACCUUCACCUGCGAAAAGAAACCGUUGUGAAAAAUAUCUGCUUCGCUCUGUCAAGCUUAAUUCGGUUGUCAGAGCUUGUGGCUUUCCGGAUCCUGGUGCCAGAAGGCGGUCGGGAUGGAUUCGCCCUGCUCAUUCAGAGUUACCACAGCCACUUCACUGACCCUGAGGUGGUGCAGGAUAUCUGCAUGGUGUUUCAGGAAAUGGUGCAGUACAAGGAUGUGGUGCCUGAACUCAUCUCUCAGAAACUAGAUGUAACACUGAAUGCAAUCAAAGUCAAAUUUGCUUCAAACGAGAACAUUGUCACUGUGCUGGAUUCUACACUUUCAAAAUUGCAGGCAGCAGAGGCAGGUGCUCAGAAUGAAGACAACAGAAACACUAGGGACUCUAUUUAAUUUAAAAUCAUGUUUUUAAUAAACAGAAGAAUGAGCCCCGAGGAUUGUCAGUACUGAUUACACUUUCCUUCUUCAACACUGAUCUUCAGUCACAGACAGCUCACAAGGUGCUGUCAAUCUGAACAACACAAACAAGCAGCGAUUCAGACUGUUGCAGGCUGUCGCAACUCAAGCUUCACAAUAACCACACUCCCUCUGAAAGUUCAGAACUUUUGGUUAAUAUCCUGAAUCAUAUUACUUCUCCCUCAACUCCCCACCUUUGUUAUGAAUGUGUUUCUUUUGGAGCUUCACACAGAAGCAGGAAAGUCUCCAUUCAAAUAGAACUGGGAUCCGAUCUCAUUGCAGAGAGACUCCCCCAGUGUCAGUACGGAGGGAGCGCUGCAUUGUUUGAGAGUCAAUACUGAAGGAGGUGCCACAUUGUCUGAGGCUCAGUACUGAGGGAGCACCACACUAUUAAAGUAACAUUACUGAGGGAGCACUAUGCCACAGAUGGGACAUUAGAUUUGGGAAUUAUCUGCUCCCUUGAGUGGACUUAAAAGGUGCUAAUCAAAGACGUUCAGGGAAUUUGUAUGGUGGGCCAUAAUUUAUUCCUCAAGAGAUGAUUCAGUUAUUACCAUUUUAGUGAUCACAAAUUGACUACCAUGUUUCCUGCAUUACAACAGUAACUACACUGAAAAAAAAACUUUGACAACUAUGAACCUCAUUGGACUUCCCAGUGUUGUGAAAGCCACUAGAGAAAUACAAAUUUUAGUCUGUGUGAUCACAACUAACAAAAUAGCAACAAACGGAACGGCUUAUUCCUUGACAAAAGAAUCCUGCCUCCUAGUAUCAGAAUUGCAGUUGUGUUUGCAUUCUUCACUCUGCAGCAGCAAACUACUGCAGCUGCUGGAAAUCAGAAAAAAAGACUCGAAAUACUCUACAUUCCCAGUUCAUCUUCUCAUGUCAAUGAUAGUUCAUUAUUCUGAUAUUAUGUCUCUGAGAAAGAAUGUCCUCCCACUCGGUGGUUACCUAGACCAAUUACAAUCUUAAAAAUAGAUGCAGUUGUUGGAGAGCUAUUCAGAGCAUCUCAGUGCUGUUGACUCUAUACCUGUUUCUCUCUCAUCCACAAGGCCAAGGCUAAAAUACAGCAACCAAUGACUGUAUAAUUUUCUUUGAUUUAUUGACUGGAUUGGGCUUCACUGAUAGGCUGCUAUUUAUUACCCAUAGCAGGAUGGUGGUAAUCCCCCAGCUUGAAUGACUGUAGCCAUAGUGUGUAGUUAAACCCACAGUGCAGUUGCAAAGGGAGGUCCAAAGCUUCCUUCAGCAAUACUGAAGGAAUGGUGAUAUAUUUCCAAGUCAGAAUGGCCAAAUCCAGUCAUAUCAGAGUUAUACAGCAUGGAAACAGACCCUUUGGUCCAACUCAUCCACGCUGACCAGUUACCCUGAACUGAUCUAGUCCCAUUUGGCAGCAUUUGACUCAUAUCCCUCUAAACUCUUUGGACACUGGGGACAACUUAGCGUGGCCAAGCCACCAACAUGUGCAACUUUGGCAAAUGGGAAGAAACCGGUACACCCAGAGGGAAUCUACACAGACACAGGGAGAAUGUGCAAAUUCCACACAGUCACCCAAGGUUGGAAUUGAACCUGGGUCCCUGGUGCUAUGGGGUAGCAGUGCUAACUACUGAGCCUCUAUGCCACCCAUGUCAAAGAAUCUGACACUGACCUAUUUCCUGUUAAACACAUCUUGAUUUGAGUUCAGCGGACUGAAUGGUGAGCCCCUUUGGAUCCAUAAAAAGGUCAAAUGAAGUAUGUUCUAGAUCUGUUCCAGAGGAGUGCAGGAAGAAUUAAAAUCAUUCCCAAUAUUCAUCACCAGUUCUGCCUUUGCUGCUUCACUGGUAUGGCCAGUGACAGCAAUGGAAAAAUUUCAGUGCUACCACGUAUCAGCCCUUUUAUGUGAAACAGACAAGUGGAUCAGGUAGACUCAACUCCCUGACCAUUUUGUUCAUUCUUGCCACUGCUUGCCAUGAAAUCAUUCAUUUCUUGGUACAUCCUGUUUGACUUUCAAGGCUCUGAAGUUUUGAAAUCAUCUGUCCUUGGUGGAUUAAUCAGAAACCAGAACAGGAUCUAUUAGUAUGGGUGACUAGAGAGAAGUAGAAUUUAAUCAGAAUAAGAGUUAUAUGUCAAGGCUGCUUUAUCAAUGGAACUUAACUCAGUAUGUAACUGCUUAGUGCUGUCUCUGUCCUGGGACUGUUUGAUGGUGACAGUGCAGAGGAAGCUUUACUCUGCUAUCCAUGUCUUGGGAGUG